ACGCGAAACGUUCGCCUAGCUGGGAGCAACUCUCGAAAAACGCAUUUUCCGUAGAACGGAGUGAUUCGACGAGAGACGGUGUUACCACCUCUGACGGACGCAAACGAAAAUCGCGUUGCCAUGGUAGUGUGAUUGGUAUCUGCACCAAUCGAAGCCAGUCUUUCCCAAUCUUUUUAUCACCCGACCUAAAAGUGGGCCAGCAGGAUGAGUCGUGUUAGCGGCACCACCACCACUCUCUCUCACACCGUCUCCGCGCAGAGACCAGGACCCCGCCCCGCAGCCACUUCUACUCCGACCAAGAAGAGAGUGUCAGGCUCGCCCAGAAGCAUGACUGACGCCAUCUACUCGGCGCGUUUCAGCACUUCCCCGGCGAUGUCUAACUACAACUCCGCCACCAAGACGCUGACCACGACGUACCGCCUGGGCGGGGGAGGCACCAACAACCGGACGUCCCUAACCGGCAGCCGACCGUCGGCUCCCGUCACCACCAUGCGCCGCACCACCAUCGCCGCCUCCCGCCCCAGCGCCACCACCAUCAGCGGGGCCAUCGCCACCUCCAACGCCCUGCAGAUCGCCGAGAACCACGCCUUGCGCGUGCAGGAAAAGGAGGAGAUGCAGACGCUGAACCAGCGCCUGGCCGGCUACAUCGACAAGGUGCGCUUCCUGGAGACCCGCAACGAAGAGCUGGAGAUCGAGGUCCGCUCCCUGCAGGCCGGCCACCAGAACUUUCACCAGAUGAAAGAGAUGUUCGAACAGGAGAUCCGCGAACUCCGCCGCGCCAUCGACACGCUCUCCAACGAGAAGGCCAUCGUGGAGGUCGACAGGGGCAACCUGGAGGAAGAACUGGACCAUACCAGGCACCAGUUGGAGGAGGAGAAGCGGCUUCGUCAGGAUCUCGAGUCGGAGUUAAACAGGACCAGAAAGGAACUGAAUAAGGUGGAUCUGGCCAGGCAAGACAUGGAGACGAGGUUAAAAACAGCGCUUCAAGACCUGGACUUCUCCAAGGACAUCCACCAGCAGGAGAUCGAGGCGCUCCGUAAGCAGCUGGAGGAGCAGAAGGCGGUGGUGCAGAUCGACAGCGGCCGCAGCAUCUAUGACGAAAUGGCUAUGGCGAUGGCCAACAUGAAGAAGCAGUACGAAGCCCUGGCCAAGAAGACCAAGGACGAGUCUGAGCAGUGGUAUCAGUCCAAGCUGCGUGACAUCACAGAGAAGUGUGACCGUGCGGAGGACGCGCUGCGCCUGGCCAGGCAGGAGGCUCUGGAGAACAAACGUCAAGUUCACGUCCUCACCAGCGAGGUGGACACGGCCAGGAGCAAGAACGCCAUUUUGGAGAAGAGUAACCGUGAGUUGGAGAGCAGGUCCACCGGCGAUGUAGACCAGCUGACCUCCGUGGUGCGCAGUCUGGAGGACGAGCUGAAGCAGAUCAAGGACGAGAUGGCGAAACAGGUGCAGGACUACAACGAACUGAUGAACGUCAAGCUGGCCCUGGACGUGGAGAUUCAGGCCUACAGGAAACUACUGGAGGGCGAGGAGACACGAAUGGACACUUCCCGCCUGAACUACUCCCGGAACAGGUCGUCGAUGAUUGUGGACGAUCUUGACGACAGUAAGGAGGACCUGAAGCUGGAGGAGACCGGGGUGAUCCGCAUGACUGUGCAGAGUGAGAACAUCGCCGGGCUGCUCAAGGGCCGCACGUUUUUCCUGUCCUUCCGUGACUCUGAGGACGUCCUGGAGAUGCAGAACGGCUCGGAUGGACCUCAAGUCGUCCUGGCCGCGAAGAAGUCUCCUCGCAGUGACAGCCAGCUGUGGUCCUACACCGACGGUCUCCUGGCGAACAGACAGAACGGACAGGUGCUGCACCUCCCUGAUGCGUCGGCAGGGAGCGCUGUGAAGGUGGCCAAGAAAACGGGCAAGCAAGAUCAGAAGUGGAUUAUCCGAGGAGACGGGUACAUCCUGUCGGACCCUGACGAGCUGGCCAUGGACGUGUCUGACGGGAAACUCGUGGUUCAGAACAAGAAGAAGGACGGUCAGGACUGGGACGUGGAGAUCUACGAGACCGUGGGCUCCAAGUCGCCUUUCUUGAUGAACGGGACGGGCGGGAACACUUGGCACAAAGAGAGCAUCACAGCCGCCGAGGAGAUGGAGAGUCUUCAGAACGACAUUGACAUGUACGAAUCUAGGGUGUAAAAAUCAACCAAGGGGUCGUCUACCCUUGUGUGAAAUGUCCUCAAAGUCAACAAAAGGGGUCUUCUACCCUUUCUAUCAUUUAUGGAAAGUAGUUAUGUAGGGGGCAAAUAUUAUUGGUGAGGUAUGAAGACUUUUGAAUUCAAUAACGUUAGCACGUGGCAGGGGUAAGGUCUGUAUUUCACACUUUCCAAAAACAAUUAUCUAUUGAGGAUAUUUAGAAGGCAUGAUAUUUGAAACAUUUGCCCACAUUGGAAAUUGUUACGUUCAUUAGUUAAAACAAGUCACAGCAGAUGAAUUUGCAAAGACCGAUUAAGAUACAAGUUGCUCAGAGACAUGAAGAUGUGAUUUGAUGAUCAUACUCCAUAAACUUACUGUCAAAGGUUCAUUUAUUAUCAGUCACCAAGUCAUCUUACUGAAUUGUACUUGAUGACGUUUGUACAAGGUUCGCAUGGCGUGGUGUGUUUUCAAAAGAGAUACCAGUAGUCACAAGCUGUUGAGAGGACAGGCAGGUUUUGGUGUUUUAAGUUGGACCUGGUUUCCAGUGGAUAUAGAGCUGUAGGUUGGGAGGGGUGGUGGAUUAUACUCGGAAGUUCUUAUCGAGUAGAUGUAGAUGUAUCAGGGUUAACGGUGUGAUAUGUUGUGCUUUUUUCUUUAUAAGACAGUAAGGAGACGAGUGGAGAAGAAUAUUUCAUACGUAUGAUAUACGUAGUAUAGAUGCAUGAAGACAAGUUUGCAUGAAGGAGUGCACGUUUUAGCAAUGACGUUUGUCCAUUUUGAUGUCGAUAUUCAGUAUUUAAUUCAGCAUUCUUAAAAUCCAAGACAGGCGCUCAUCGUGAUCAUCUCGUAAGUUCUCGCGAGAUAAAGCAAUACCAUGAAAUCCAAACAUCAGGUGGAUCUCACCAUAAAUGGCCGUGUAUCUCGUAUCUCAACACAUUUGGAUGUUAUCAUAACGAUGUCUUCUCGAAUAUUCAGUCAUAUAUUUUCUGCUGCGAUUUGUUGCCUAAUACUACAGAAAAGGUUGAGUGAUUUUUACAAUAGAUUGGCUGAUGUAGAGAUCACAAUAAGACUACAAUUGAUACCAGAUAAUUGUAAAGCAAGGUGCUAAUGUUUUUCCGGUGGUCUUUACAUAUUUUGCUUCUGUUUGGUAUUUUCUUGUGCUAACGGAUGAUACGGUAUAUUAAAGGUGGCC